AUGGGUUCCCAAGGGUGUUUUUCGUUUUCGAAAAGGUGGGUCAAAGGAUCUUCUCGUUCGUCCCAUGGUGGUGCUUGUAGGGGAGGUGGGUUAAUCCCUACUUGUUACUGUGGUGAUAUUGCAGUAAUCAAAGUGGCCAGAACUACGAAGAAUGUUGGGAGAAAUUUUUGGGGUUGUCCUCAUUACAAGGGUGGAUCUUCAAUUGGGAGCUGCUGUAACUUUUUCAAGUGGUGUUGUGAAGACAACGUGGAUGAAAAAGAUUGCACAAUUCUGAAGAGAAUAAGUGAGCUGAAAAAUGCAGUGAAGGAUUUGCAGAAAAUCCAGAAAAUGAUGAAGUUGUUAGUUGUAGCUUUGUGUGUGUGUGUAUAUUAUGGUUGA